GAGCGAGAAGCAGAUGCCAAGGCCGUGGAAGGCAAGUAGAACUCCAAAAAAAAAAAAAAAAGUAUGGGUUUCCGGUGGUCUAAUCUGGCCACCAUCCGCCGGUCUCGCCGCCUGUAUCGCCACCGGUUCCCACGGAUCGAUCAGCCUUCGGAGAUUCUAUCCGCAUCCUCUCCAUCGGCAGUGGAGAAAGGGAACCACUUGUUCACCGCCCUAAGGUGGCAUGGCGCAGGCCACUCUCACCACCACCAUCAUAGCGAUCGUAAGGGCUCCGAGGGAACAUUCCGGCUGGGACUCGCGUCUGACGUCGCCCUCUCCGUCGGAAAAGGCCUCACCGGUUACCUCACUGGCAGCACCGCCAUCAUCGCCGACGCUGCCCAUUCCGUUUCCGACAUUGUCCUUAGUGGUGUAGCUUGGUGGUCGUAUAGAGCAGCAAUGGCCCCCAAGGACGAUGACCACCCUUAUGGACAUGGAAAGUUUGAGACUCUGGGAGCUCUUGGUAUUUCCAGUAUGUUAUUGGUUACUGCAGGGGGGAUUGCUUGGCAUUCCCUUGAUGUUCUGCUGGGUCUUCUGACAUCAACUCCAGAUAUGACCUCUUUCUCUCCGAAUGUUGACCAUCAUAAUCAUGGUAGAGGGGGCCAUUAUCAUGGAGUAGACUUGGAUCACCCAGUCUUAGCUUUGAGUAUGACAAGUAUAUCUAUCUUUGUCAAGGAAGGACUAUAUUGGGUGACUAAAAGAGCUGGGGAAAAGGAAGGAAGUGAAUUGUUAAAGGCAAACGCAUGGCACCACCGUUCUGAUGCUGUGUCAUCGAUUGUUGCACUUAUUGGUGUUGGUGGUACUAUAUUGGGGCUACCUUUCCUAGAUCCAGCAGCUGGCCUUCUUGUAUCUGGCAUGAUAUUGAAAGUUGGAUUUAAUACCGGUUACCAAAGUUUCAUGGAAUUAGUUGACGCUGCUGUAGAUCAGUCUGUUUUGGUGCCCAUCAAGCAGACAAUCACUCAAGUUGAAGGAGUUAAGGGAUGCCAUCGCUUAAGGGGAAGAAGGGCUGGGUCAUUCUUAUAUCUUGAUGUACAUAUUGAGGUUGAUCCUUUCUGUAGUGUUAGUGCUGCUCAUGACAUUGGUGAGAGUGUUCGUCAUCAGAUACACAAAAAUCAUAGUCAAGUUGCUGAAGUUUUCAUUCACAUUGAUCCAUCAUAUUCUUACUGCUCGAUUUUGGAAGAAAGAAAGAAUUUGAAGGACUUAGAAGGCAGAGACUCCAACAGUCUUUCCAGGCAUCAAGAAGCUGAAACCAUUAUUUCUGACAUUUUGUCAAAGCAAUUCUCUAAGCAAAUGUCCCUAGAACACAUCACACUCCACUCAUUGCAAGGGAAGAUAUUGGUUCAAGCUCUAGUCUCAAUGCCUGCUGAGAUGCUUAUUAGUGAGGCGAUGGAUAUAGCCAAGAGAGCGGAAAAGGAGAUCCUGGCAGCUACAUCUAGUAUCAACCAAGUCAGCAUCCAAUUACGACUAGGCAGACCAAUAUCAAAGCAUCAUGAACCAGUGGUCACGAAAAAAGAAACAGAAGACCCCCAAAGAUCAAACUGUCCAAGGUCAAAUGUAAGUCUAUCAUAAGAAGGUAUUGGUGACUGAGGCUACCAUCGCUCCCUCGCUAACAAACAACUCAAUGAUUAAGAAUAAAGAUGUAUCCGCACAUUUUCUUUCCAAGUUUGUGUCUGUAUACACCAUUUCAAUUGUAUCAGAGCAUCUGUGAGGGGUUGUGUGUUUAUCAGGUCUAUCAAUUCUCUGCUGAAGCUCUGUUUGUGUAGAACUUAUAGGCACCGCAAACUUGUAUCGUGCAAGUUUACUUGACCAAAAAGACAGUGAUACACUUUUACAUUGAUUACAGAAUAAACAUAUUGUAUUUUCUGAAGU